AUGGAGGAUUAUUUCUCUGCAGAAUCAAAGCCAGAAAGCCAUAAAAAAGCUUUGAAAUUUGUGGGAUUAGUGGCAUUUAUUGGGAUUAUAGCAAUUAUCGCCAAUUUUUCAUCUUCAAGAGAAACUUCAGUAGUAUUAGCUCAACUUGAGCUUGAAGAGCAAGAAUUCAAAUCAUUUAUUGAGCUCUAUAAUAAACAGUAUUCAAGUGAACAAGAAUAUCAAAAUCGCUUCAAAAUCUUCCGUGACAAUUCUGCAUAUGCUAGAAUUUUCAAUACGCAUGGUGAAACUUAUAUCCUAGGCAUAACUGAAUUUUCUGAUUUAACUUCACAAGAAUUUUCGGCUAGAAUAUCAAGUCCAAUUACAAUCCAGCAUUCAGAGGUUCAAGAAAGCCAGCAGGCUGAAAAACUUUCAAUACCUACUUCAAUUGACUGGACACAGAAAGGUGCAGUUACUCCAGUCUUAAAUCAAGGAGGCUGUGCAUGUGGAUGGGCUUUUUCAUCUGUAGGAGCUAUCGAAAGCGCUUGGAAAAUCAGUGGCAACCAACUUUUGACACUUUCAGAGCAGCAACUGGUUGAUUGCUCAACUAAUUAUGGAAACAAAGGGUGUAAUGGAGGCAAUGUGGUUAAUGCGUUUCAAUAUGUUCAGUAUAAUGGAGUUACUACUGCAAGCAUAUACCCAUAUAUUGUUAACUUCCCAGCAUAUUUAGAAAAAUAAUCUCAAAAACAUACUGGCAAAAUAUAAAUUAUUAAAUUACUUCUGAAAGAACAAUAAUUAUAUUAAAUUAAUAUAUAUAUAAGUAAAAAAAAAUUAGACUAGAAGAAUUAAGCAAGGAUCUUGCACUUAUAAAACUUCUACAAAAGCCGUACAAAUAGGCUCAUACAGAAAUGCAGGCAGAGGCGUUGAAUCAUUAAUAUAUAAUGCUGUUGCCCUUCAGCCGGUUUCAGUAGCAGUCCAAGCUAAUCAGCCUGCUUGGCAACUUUAUAAAGGAGGCAUUGUAUCUAACAAUUGCGGCACUCAAGUAAACCAUUUUGCUUUAAUUGUAGGCUACGACCAAACCAACUCCCCACCAUACUGGAAAGUAAAGAACUCAUGGGGCGCAAGUUGGGGAGAAGCAGGCUACAUCAGAAUUGCCGUUGUAAGUGGUGACGGAGUUUGCGGUAUCCAAAUCCAGCCAUCUUACCCAAUCGCCUAA